AUGCCUGAUACCACUCUUCCCUGCUUUUCUUCCAAGUCCGCCAAAGAUGCUCGCCGCCGAAGACGCGAGCUCCGCCGCAUUCGGUCACUACCUCUAUCCACUUCCGCCGCAGCUGUGGAGGAUGAUUCACCGCCGAGUUUGAGGCGCAAAACUUCCUACGGCAAGAUAUCCGUGGUCGGGCGGCGUAGGGAGAUGCACGACGCCGUGGCGGUGGAACUAGGUUUUCUCAAGAGAGAUGGUCAGAGCUACGACUUCUUCGGCGUGUUCGAGGGCCACCGCGUGGGUCGCGCCUGCCGCGAGAGGCUCGCUGAGAUUGUCGGAGAGGAGAGAGACAGAGCGUGGGAGGAGGUGAUGAGGGAGGCCUUUCAGAAGGUGGCGCCCCUGAUGGGAUUGGGUUCGGUGGCGGUGGUGGGGGAGUCUGAGGUGGUGGUGGCGGGCUCCAAGGCGGUGCUGUGCCGCGGAGGGGAGGUUGUGCGGCUGUUGGAGAGCGAGGAGGCAGAGCAAGUGAAGGUGAGAGGUGUGAGGAGGAGUGGAGAGGAUGAGUUUCUCAUAUUAGGGAGUGAUGGAUUUUGGGAUGUUAUCUCUGACGACCUGCCUUACCAGAUUGCCUCCAGGUAUUGCAGCGGCGCCACUCCUCUUGAUGAUGGGGUGGACAAGGCCGCGGCAGUCAUGGCGGAGAUGGCGCUGGCUCAAGGUAGCAAGCACAAUGUUAGUGUGGUUUUGGUGGAUUUGAGAAAACCUAAAGCAAUUCAACAAUCUGGUUUAUGUGACACCUAA